UGAUACCAAUUUAACAACUGAUGAAGAAAUCAAACUUCAAUCUACACUUGAUGGUUUAUGCUAUACAUGUGGAUCACAAUUAUUACUGGAAGAUCAUGAACUUUUGGAUCAAAUAAGCGUUAGAUUAAAUCUUACAUGUGAUUCUCCUAUCGAGACAACAUAUUUUUCAUGGCGGCUUAAAAAAUUUGAUAUUUGCUAUUGGUGUGGAGAAUCCGAAAAUCUUAUAGAACCCUUAGAUAUACUAAAAGCUGAAUGGAAAACUAUAUAUCCGUUGUGUGAAUUUUGUAAAAAUAAUGGAAAAACAUGGCAUAAAAGAGCACAAAAAAAUUUUAUUCUAUCAAAUAAUAAUGAUAGUGAGGAAGAAGGCAACG